AUGCCAUUAAGGAAGCGCCUCAACCCUCGCACGGAGGAAGAGGAGGCGUCCGCAGAUAAGCCAACCAUGAGAAGGAGCGGGUCGAGGCGCCAGCGGAUUCUGGAUUUCUUCAGGUCUAGGAUGCACAAGAAGUCGGAGGAAGGGGCUGUCGUGGAUAAACAAGAGACGAAGGGCGAGCUAUUGACCGAGGACCAUAUCCAUUCCCUUUUCUCAGGUGCACCGCAUUUUGCUAUAUACAACGCGGAUUCGGGCCCUAUACCCGCAGUCUCAUUCCCUUGGGACUUUGAACUCACCACUCGAGAUGUGUCUGACUGCUUUCAAUUCGCACAACCUGCCUACUCUGCAUGCACGCUGCGUAAGCAUCUACCAUAUUUACUGCAGUCACAGGAUCGCGAAAACAGAUAUGACGGCUACGAUGUUGGCGUUGCUGAGAUUCCGAGUAUGCCUAGUGCUCAAGGACUCGAACCUGGCAGCAUUGGAUUCGUCCAUUUUAUGGAAUUGCCAACCUCGGACAAUCUCGUUACAGACCUGCAACAAUCCCAAUCAAGCAAUGGUUUCCUAGAAUCAAUUAGAAACAAAGAGCAGAUGCAAACUACCCCGGAGAAAUUGGGUAUUCGCAAGGUCGACAUGGGCCAUGUCUAUGACCGACUGGCAGAGUUUGGUGAUCUUGUUGAGGCAUUCCAGGACAGCCCGGAGCGUAUCACAAUUUUGAACAACCAGUCUUCCGGCGAUUUAUAUGCGAAUCUUUUCGGAAAGUUUCUAAUGCCACCUUCCUAUGAUUCCUCGGCCGAUGACCCGACGGGUAUGAAGGUUCAAAUCAAUACCCUGCUUAAAGUAUUACGCCAGAGUGGAGCCUGGUAUGACUUUAGCCUGGUGGAAUGGCGGAUCAGACUCGGCCAGAUCUUGUGGAGUGAUGACGAAGCAAUCGAAGAGAUGCAUCCAGAGACACUAUGGACUGAACGCGAGAUUUUGCUUCUUCAGCUUACUUUGGCCUGCGAGCUGCUUCUGCGCCUUGAUGCAAUCACUAGCAUGGAGGCCGAGGAGGUUAUCGCAAAAAUGCACGUCCACAAAGAGGAUUAUGAAGGCUUCUUGGAACUGAAGACACGGAAAACCGACUGGGAUCUUGUGCUAGCUCGACGAUUUCUGGACAAUAUAACAGUCAUGAGGGACGUGGAUGUGAAGAUACCAAAGGCAAGGACUUUACUAUCCAUGCUCAGCAAAGAUGGGCCUCAAGACGCCCCAAAAGCAGAUAUCGUCUUCCUGCCACGACACCAAGAACGCCAACUGUCCGGAUUGAUCCAUUUUGCGGAGACCGUCCAAUGGCCCGGGGUCGACUUGAUCGUGAAAGAAUUGAGCGAUAAGCUAGGUAUUCAUAACGAUACAGAAACUGAGCAACCCCAGGCUUCAACGCAAGGGAAGGUUUUUGAGCCAACCACUCCAUCUUCAAUAAGUAUUUACGGUACACCACUCGCCACACCAAGAUCUGGACAUGGCAUGCAAGAUAGUUAUUUUGGUCAUUUGACUAGGCCUCAGUUGGAUCGUAACAUCACUGCUCGCUCCCUGACGGUACCUUUGUCGAGUAACUUACUCGCCCAUCCCACGACCAGCGCUAUGAACACUACGAAUGUUGGUGGUUGGUUGAGUCGGUCCUUCCUUACAGGAUUGGUACUCCCAGGUGAACCCAUCGCCCACUUUCUCAUGUCUACGCUACUAGAGAAUGACAAGCUUGCGAUAGCUGCACUUGGAGACAGUGCCAAUCUGUACGGGGGGUUUGUGUAUGCAGACAAGAGCUGGUGGAGCAAGAGCAGCGUUGUUGCACGUGUUCUCGGAAGUUUAGAGAAUGCUAAGGACUGUAUGGGAUGGAUCUUUGUUCCAGUACUGCCGGCCGAUCUCGCCGAUGGCUGGUAUGCUGUCACUAGUGACCAAGUUCACUUGGAACAACCGCCUCGAAUUCGAGCUGAAGGGGACAUGUUAGCUGAGGAGUCGGCGCUGAUACCUGCCCAUGUGGAAGGCAAGGUCAAACCUGGCGAUCUCGCACUGCCGCAACACUCUAGCGUCCCUCCUGUUCCCUCCGUACAAUUCGUCAAGUGGAUGUUGACAUCGAUUGCGACCGAACCACUGGAUAACGACACAGCAUCCGCACCUCCUCCGGAGAGUGAUACGAACAUUGCUUCUCUCGAAUUUGCAAGCCCAGCAAGAAAGUCGACAUACACGCUUACUUUAACUCACGAUGUCCAAUUUGUCACUUCCUUCCCUUGUACUUCGCCAUCCAUGUCGACUUUACCCAGUAUGCCGCAGAUUCUUAAGCGCUCACUAACGCUUUCUCGAUCCUCUUCUAAGCGUAGUAUACACAAUACGUCUGGCGGCAGUAACCGCCUCCCCAGGGUUCCUGCUAGCCGUCGCAAUAGCCAUGGAUUUGAGCCACUGCUAUCUCACCCUCCAGAUUCUCCGAGUCUCACGCCAACUCGGGCUUACUCUCCCAUCCCCGAUGACCAAGAACCACAACAGGGCACGCCAGCACCCCCUCGAACUACACCCAUGUCAGCCCACCCACUGCAUAUUUCAUACGCCUACCAGGUUGUCCCAGUUGCUGAUGUUAUUGAGCCGGCAUUUACGUUACCUUUCAAGAUCAACAAGUACACUUCUCCUUUUCCAUCAAACCUCAAUACCCCAAGUAGCGAAAACCAUGUGGACGUUAAGGAUGAUGACGGAAACAGCAUCCUUGUGCUCGAUGCUCGCUCAUCGAAAGACCUUGAACUUUUGGCACGAGCAUGGUGUGCCCAACAAGGACUGCAUGCCAUAAUUGGUCGUACCGAAAGAACAUGUCUUGCAUGCUGCAUCCGUGAGGCUAGAGGUUUGGGGAUUCGGAUAGUUAUCAGAGUCUAA